AUGUUUAGCUUACCAGAAGCUAAGCGGGUGCGCCGCGAUGAGGUCCGGUCUCCGGCUUCGUCUCCAUCUCUAUCUCCAGUCGACGAAUCGGAUCUCCAAGAUGUUCACGUACGCCUAGGGAAAUUGCUCAACCUUGAGGGAUUAUUUGGAGCCAGUGCGACCUCAGAAAAAGCAAAUGAUGUCCUUGAGGCAGUAAAUGAUGAGAAUGAGGACGAGGAGCAAGAGUUCGAAUUCCGGCUGUUCAGCGCCCCGGCAAACCUCAAGGACACCGCAGAAGAAGCCGACGAGACCAAUACGAAGACCAAGAAUUCUUCGAUUGAGAGUGAGAAACCGAUUGCGGGCACACAGAAACUGCGAAUAAGACUGCGAUCCCCAACACCAGGCUCGGGCGAUCCCUCGCAAGCCCGAUUUGUCAAGGCUUCUCGGGGGUGGCAGUAUUACUUUUCUACUCCUUCACUUUGGGGUGCAAACCUCGAGUCAGCAGAUGAAGCCUCUCUGGUAGAAAGAAAAAAGCAAUUUGAGGAUAUUGCCGUAACAGGAGAGCAUAUCACGACCUGGGCCAAAUCUCAGCCAUGGCCUGGUUGUCAUCUUCCUUGGAGAGUCAUUCAUCUUAAACGCCACCAAACAAAAUUACCCCGGAAAGAUAAAGAUGUUCCCAUAUACGUAAUCGAGGGCGAACCGCCAUCCAAGUCACCCAAAACUCGCAAGAAGCCGGGAAAGAAACGACGAGUUUUACUUCGGAAACGCGCGACGGCUGCUUUGAUCGCGAAGGAAGAAGAUCAGGCUAAGCGGACCCGUAAGAAUCGCGAACGAAAGAUCAAACGAAGGCAGAAGGCUCGAGAUGAAAAGGCAGCUGCAAUGGGAAACAAGAAAGAAGAUGGUGACACUUCAAUGGCCGAUGCUGAUGGCGAAUCAUCUGGGGAAGAUUAA